CCAGGUCCUGAUGAAAAGAAGUCGGAGCUGCUGCCCGCCGGCUGGGAAGCCAACAAGGAAGUGUAUACACUGCGCUAUAAGUCGACAGACGAUGCCCGUGAGCUGCUGCUGAAGGCCAUCAUGGUGGAAGACAGUAUGAUCCUCAACGUCAUGGAUCGCAGUUCUCAGAAGGUGGCAGAUGUGACCUUGGCAGUGGCCGACUACAUCAACUCGGAACACCUGGAUGAUUUCCACAAGGUGUACAAAAACAUGGAGGAGCUGAGGACAAGGAUUGCUUCGGGCAUCAUCGCUCCCCUCGGGGCCCCCACAGAAAAGGUCAAAAAGGAGCCUGAGGCUGAGAAGAAGGAUCCUGACUUGCACCGGGAUUACGACCCCCUCAGGGUCCCUCCUCAGCAGCGGGCAGGCACGAGAGCACCAUCCUGGCCUUCCCCCUUGAGCCCCUUCGCUGUUGGUGGGGAAGACCUGGACCCUUUUGGAGGUCGAAGUGGGGGAAUGAUCGUGGAUCCUCUCCGGUCUGGCUUCCCGCAACCCGGCAUGGACCCAUCGUCGGGCAUCCCAGGCCGGCUUCCCCCAGGAGCAGUCCCUCCAGGCGCCAGAUUCGACCCCUUUGGCCCGUUAGGGGCUGGGAGAUUCGGGCCAGAUCCCGACCACCUUCCCCCUCCAGGCUAUGACGACAUGUUCAUGUGA